CGAAGACAGAACUUCCUGUUUGAGUUUUGUGUGACAGUUCUGCGGGUCGCAGUAUGCAAGCAGGCAGAGCCAUGGCGAAAUUCCGAAUAGCUUUAGUGCAGCUCCUUGUCACGUCUGACAAAUCCGAUAACCUGAAGAGAGCGUACCGGCUGGUGAAGGACGCAGCGCAGCGAGGGGCCCAGAUUGUGGCACUGCCAGAAUGCUUCAAUUCUCCUUAUGGCACCAAAUAUUUCCCUGAAUACGCAGAGAAGAUUCCCGGACAAUCCACGCAAAUGCUGUCAGAAUUAGCCAAGGAAUGCUGCAUCUAUGUUGUUGGAGGCUCAAUCCCUGAAGAGGAUGCUGGAAAGCUGUAUAACACUUGUGCGGUUUUUGGCCCAGAUGGGGCACUGCUUGUUAAACACCGAAAGAUUCAUCUGUUUGAUAUCGAUGUACCUGGGAAAAUCUGCUUCCAAGAAUCCGAAACCUUGAGCCCCGGAGACAGCUUCUCGGUGUUUGACACCCCUUUCUGCAAAAUCGGCGUGGGUAUCUGUUAUGACAUUAGAUUUGCAGAACUUGCCCAAAUAUAUGCAAGGAAAGGCUGCCAGUUGUUGAUCUAUCCGGGAGCAUUUAACAUGACGACCGGGCCUGCCCACUGGGAACUUUUACAGAGAGCAAGAGCUUUGGACAACCAAGUCUAUGUUGCAACAGUAUCUCCAGCCAGAGACGAGAAGGCGUCCUAUGUGGCAUGGGGGCAUAGCACGGUGGUUAAUCCAUGGGGAAAGGUGAUUGUUAAGGCAGGUGCCGAGGAUACUGUCAUUUUUGCAGAAAUCGAUUUAAAAUAUCUUGCUGAAAUCCGCCAACAAAUUCCUAUUGGGACGCAGCGCCGUCUAGAUCUUUACAAUGUAGAAGAAAAGAAGCAUGAAUAAAGUUAUGGAUGCCUACGUUUAAAAGUAAACCUAUCUGAAUAAAUACGUGGAUUUAGACUCG